CUCGUCGUUCCUCGCUUACAUUUUCCGUCGAGUUGCAGUGAUAGGAAGGAGCUGCAAGAGCAACGCAAAGCUGCGUGGGAAAACCGUGAUAGUCACCGGCAGCAACACCGGCAUAGGGAAGACCACGGCCAUAGAGCUGGCGAGAAGAGGAGCCAGAGUGAUCCUGGCCUGUCGCAGCAAGCAGAGAGGAGAAGCUGCUCUGCAGGAUGUCAAGAGGGAAGCAUCUUGACUGAACUGCAAAGGCACCAGAGGACAAUUGUUCAAUUGACACUAAAGAACAUUGAAAGAUUUAUCUUCAAGACCGCGCUCCAGGGAAGCCAGACCACUCUGCACUGCGCCCUGCAGGAGAGCAUUGAACACCUCAGCGGGCGCUACGUCUCCAACUGCACCGCAAGAAACGUCUUCGCCACGGCCAGGGACGAUGCCGCCUCAAAGAAGCUGUGGGAGAUCAGCGAGAGGUUCUGUGGCAUCUAAAGAGCGUUUAAUCCCUUUUAACUCAUGUUACACAUUUUACUUGAGAUUUACUUGAAGCAGACUUUAAACCAAACUCUCCAUGAGUGUUUUGUUUCCUCUAGAGAGAGGAGCUCUGGAAUGACGUGAAUGUAAACGUCUCACAUUUAGAAGUCAAGCCAGCAUCGGUUUUAUUAUUUGCACUUCUGUUUGAACUGUUAAGUGUGUUUUGUACCAAGAGAUUAAAAAGACAACUUUGUACGAAUCUUGUCAGUUCCCUUGAAGCUGCUUACCCUGGAAGACUAAAAGUAAAAGUUUUUAAUUAACCAAAGGUGGCAGCCCACAGAGGGGACAUUUUUUAUUUUGUUUUGUUUUGGUACUGUGGGUGAGGUGUACUGGUUGCCCUAUUUUCAUCAUUUGUCAUUUUGAUUAUAUUUAGUCAGCAAAGCCAAACACGAGCCUAAUACAAAAAUGACUUAAAAUACGAAAAAUGCUGGCCAAAAAAUAUCUGAGACGACAAUAUAUACACGGUGUGCUACUGGCAAUGUGGUUAUGAAUGUGAAUAUAAAAGUUGGUGCAACCAAAGAAGA